AUGGUGCCAAGAAAAUUACGGAAAGUAUCAGUCCUCCUGCCAGAGCUGCAGGAUCAUCGCAAACAAGCAAUGUGUUUUGAAAAGGACUGCUACACAGAUGAUGAGGCUGCGCUGCUGAGUGAGAUCCUUCCUCCUUUGUCAUGGUCAAAUUCCUCAGCAGCUUCUACUUCGUCCCCAUCACAGAGGACAAAGGCAAAAGACUCAAGUAUCAGUGAUGCUGAGCUCAUGUCCACUAUGGUGAAACGGCUGACCGAUAUGGAACAGCGGGUCCGAAGCCAGGCACAGGAGAUCAGCAGGAAGAACCAGAAAAUUGCUGUGUUGGAAGAAAAGCUGAGUUUACUCCAGCUGUCCAAUGCUGAUAAACCCAAAAGAAAGCAGGAGUUGGAAAAAUUACAUCAGCUUCAGAAUCAAGUGUGGGAAAUGGAGAAAUUCCUGAGUGAUUAUGGGAUGAUUUGGGUUGGUUCAGAAAAGGAUGAGACCAGCAAUGUGUAUUUGAAGGAAGAGGAAGAGCCGCAGGAACUUCCCAAUCCCAGUGAGCUACCUUCACACCCAGAUGGCAGGCACCAUGAUCCUGUAACUGAGGAGAGCAGUGAGCAUCAGGUGCAGCAGUCUGAAGUGAACGACUCCAGUGAAAGUGGGUCACUGCCCACAAUACCUCAGUCAAGGCUUGCUUUGCCAUGCAGUGAGGCUCUGCCCCAUGAACCCUCAAGUGCCCUGGAGAAAGAUGUAAUCGCACUCCAGGAUGUUCAGGGUUCUGUCCAGACCUCUGAUUAUCACAGCCUGGAGGAGCCAGUUAUCAAAGGCAUUCAAAAGCUGGAACAUAACAUGAACAGUGUGAUCCAAGAGGUUUCAAGUGAUACAGCUUUGAAAUCUUUUCAAAUGGACUUUAAUUUGGUUGUAGAAAAUAUAAAAGAUUUGAAUAUUCUGGCUGGUGAAGGUGAAGCUAGGGUGGAACACACCACAGGCGGAGCUCGGCUAAAGAGACCAGACCCUGUACCACUCACACUCUUCAAGAAUGGAAUUGUGAUGUUUAAUGGUCCGUUCAGGUCAUACGAUGAACCUUCAACUCAGUAUUGCAUGCAAGAUAUCAUGGAUGGAUAUUUCCCAUCAGAACUGCAGAACAGGUACCCAGAAGGAGUUCCAAUUAAGGUGACCGACAGGAGAGAUUUGAUCUUCCGGGACAGACAGUUACAUGCAGAAUUCCCCGGCAUGGGACAAACGAUAGGUGGCACCUAUUGCCAGACCAAUCAGGAGAGAGGCCCAAAGCUGUCAGUGGAGCAGUUUCUGAACAAACUGCCUAAAACUAUCAUUCGGGCUGGGAAGGUGAUUGAUAUCAGAGGAGACAUCAAAGAUAUUCUUCAGGUCCCUUCCAAACCAGCCAAUGAAAAUACGAUUUUGAUUGAAACUCCAACACUAGCAAAACUAAGAGAGAGGUUGGCGUUCAGUGAGGAAAAUGACCGAGGAUUGAGAAAUAUCUCCACGCUCAGGAUCAAGUCGGAGGAUGGAGAGAAGAUGUACAUAGUUAAAAUGCUUUUCAGUGAGACAGUUGGGGCCCUUCGCUCUUACCUCAACCAGAACAGGGGAAAGCAACAGGCUGAUUAUGACAUUAUCAGCACCUUCCCUCAACAAGUCUACAGCGAUCAGUCCAAGACUCUGAAGGAGUACGGGCUCAUUCCAAAUGCCAUGCUCAUCCUCCGAGCCCGAAAACCCCAGCUCCUUGACCAAGAGAAGGGUGCACUCAGUCAGGAUGAGGAAUAAUCUCAAUAGA